AUGUCUUCCGAAAUCCGCCCCUUCAAGGUCGACAUUCCAGUCGAAGAAGUGGACCGCCUCCAAAGGAAACUAAAGGAUACCCGUCUCCCAGGCCGCGAGAUCGUCCCCGAUGCAGGAGACCAAUAUGGACCAUCAUACUCAUGGGCUCAAACCAUCUAUGACGCCUGGACCACCGACUUCGACUGGUUCUCCGUCCAGGCCGAAAUGAACAAAUACCCGCACUACAUCACCGCUAUCGAAGACAUCAACAUCCACUUCCUGCACGCCCGCGCCGACUCCCCCCGCGCCAUCCCCCUCCUCAUGAUCCACGGCUGGCCCGGCUCCUUUUGGGAAUUCAGUCAGGUGUGGGGUCCCCUCUCUCACCCUGCUAAUCCUGAGGAUCUGGCCUUCCAUGUCGUCGUCCCCAGUAUGCCGGGGUUCUGCUGGUCGGAUUGGCCGCCGCGGAAGGGCUGGACGUUGCGUGAUAACGCGAGGGUGUUUGAUGCGCUUAUGAAGAGACUAGGCUAUGAGGAGUAUAUGGUGCAGUGUGGAGAUUGGGGGCAUUUUGUGGGCAGAGAGCUGGGCGCUAGGUUCACGGAUUCGUGUAAGUUGUUGCAUUGUAACUUUGCGCCGAGUCCGUUGCCAGAGGGGGUGCAGUAUACGGAGAGAGAGAGGGAGGUUGCAGGUCGUGUGGAGGAUUGGUUGGAGAGGCAUAUGGGGUAUGCGGUUGAGAUGCGGACUAGGCCCCAUACCAUCGGCAUCGCCCUGCAUGACAACCCACUCGGGAUCCUGAUGUGGGCUGGCGAGAAAUACAACGAGGCUGCGGAUCCCGACAAGCAGAAACAGCCGUUCUGGACAAAAGCCAUCCUCACGACCGCCUCGCUAUACUUUUUCACCGGGUGCAUUAUGCCCUCGAUGCUCUGCUACUACGAGAAUGUGCGGCAUGAAAACUUUGCGGAAUUCAACAUGCGCCCGGAGAAUCGCAUCCAGGUGCCGUUUGGUUAUAGUUCGUUCUUUUGGGACACGGAGCCAUCGUCCAAGAGGGCGGUUGAGAGGACAGGGAAUUUGGUGUUCUAUAGAGGUAUGUGCUCCUUGCUUUCGUGGUAUUGCCAUGGUGGCUAA